AAUCUACACCCCUAUCGUCUAAAACACAUAUCUUUUCUAUCACCUACAUCGGGUAAACCUCGUAUACAGCAAGGUUUUGGUGUCGGCAAGCCGACAAUAAAACUCUAGUAAAUGCUCAACCCUAAGGAUCGCCCGCAUAAAUUUUCCUAAACGUGCGGGGUAGAAAAGGAAAUGAAAGUGGAAAAGAUCAUCGAAAAUAGUUUGCCGUGCCCUGUUGAUAUCCGCUGCUUGAUAUACGUCAAGGUCCACCACGGUUCGUCCUUUGUUAUACCGAGAAGUAGGAGUAGACAUCAACACAUUCUUGGCACGCCGAAAAUAUAAACUCACCAUGAAGGAAGCAUAUCGAAAUCCCAAGUCCUACAGCUCCAAGGCUUUUCAUCCUCAGUCUUGGUUCAAAAUUUCAUUUGAUUUUGAAUACUUUCCCUUCAAUUCAUGGUAUGAAUUUCCACUAUGGUUUUCUCAUCCAAUUCUAUCAGUCUUCUUGGCUUGUUUGUGGUAUCAACUGCAGCUGUACCAUACGAAGAAUACAUUCUCACGCCAAAUACCCGAACACUUGUACCUGUGUCAGUAUACAAUGUCAACGGUUCAGUCACCAGCCCAGAAGCAUUGACAGGAACCGGGUGCUCAAGCUCGGCGACAUUUGCCUCUUCUUCUGCUGUUACUUAUGACUUCAAAAAGAACAUCGCCGGUAUCGUCUCGUUCAACGUUGAUUCUAUCAAUGGAGACGGGGAUCAAUUUAUCGGAAUUAGCUUUACUGAAAGCUCAAUGUGGAUUAACGAGAAUGGAUGUGAUGCCACAGCUGAUGCAGGAAUUGAUGAAGCUUUAUGGUUUUCAGUCACAAGUGGCGGCUUUUAUAAAGCCGAAACAAAGCACCAACGAGGUGGAUUCAGGUAUUUAAAUGUCUAUCACAAUACCUCCGGCUUUGUUGAAGUCUCAAACUUGACUAUACAAUACACGGCUUUACCUCAUAAAGCAGAGAACGAACUCAGAUCUUACACAGGCUACUUCCAUAGCAAUGACGACCAGGUUAAUCGAGUAUGGUAUGCCGGAGCUUACACUAAUGAUAUGUGUACUGUCGAUCCUACAGCGGGCGAUUCAUUAGUCCAUCUAGGCGAGAUCAACUCAGGUAGUACUAUCACUGAGCCCGUAACAUGGUGGAAUAAUUACACUAUUGCCAGUAUGUGCCCCACUCCGUGCCAUGAGGAAAGACUAACAAGUGGUUAUCAGAUGGUACCAGUGUCCUUACAGAUGGGGCCAAGAGAGAUCGUCUCGUAUGGCCUGGAGACAUAGCAAUUUCUGGGCCUUCAGUCUUCGUCUCAACUAAUGACAUGAUAACCAUUAAGAAUUCUCUCGACUCAUUGCUAGUACUCCAAAACUCAUCAGGGGCACUACCAUACGCCGGCAUCCCCUUCACUAAAAUUGUGAACACCUGGAGCUUUACCUAUCAUCUUCAUUCACUGAUCGAUAUCCACGAUUACUAUCUGUUUACCGGUGAUGUUGACUAUUUACAAGAACAUUGGGGACAAUUCAAGUUGGGAAUGAAUUACUCCCUGAGCUUCAUCGAUGAGACAAAGAUGGCCAAUGUUCCCGUAGGCAAUCCUGAUUGGUUACGAAUCGGUAUGGGUGGACAUAAUAUCGAGGCGAACUCUAUUCUUUACUACACUCUCAAUCUAGGCAGGAAGCUUUCAAAGGUUCUUAAUGACUCGACUGCUACUUCAUCAUGGCCAAGUUACGCAGCUGGCAUCAAGUCAGCCGCGAACGCCAAUCUUUGGGACAAUACAGCCAAUCUCUUUCGGGACAAUGAUACCCUUCCCCUAACAACACUCCACCCACAAGAUGGAAAUGCAUGGGCCAUCUUCUCUGGCUUAGUAGAUUCGCCAUCCCGCGCACUUCUGGUCUCCGACUCUUUGGCCGCUCGCUGGAAUAAAUAUGGUGCUCUGGCUCCUGAAGGUGGCGGUAACGUUGUUUCUCCCUUCGUCAGCAGUUUCGAAAUCCAAGCGCAUUAUCUAGCCGGUCGAGCCGAUCGCGCCGUCCAAAUGAUUAAAUUCAUGUGGGGAGAUUUCAUGCUGGAUGAUCCACGCAUGACAAAUAGCACUUUCAUUGAAGGAUAUUCAGCAGAUGGUAGUCUACACUAUGCGCCAUAUACCAAUGAUGCGAGAGUAUCGCAUGCUCAUGGCUGGAGUACGGGUCCUACAUCUGCACUUACGUUCCAUGGAGCAGGAUUGAUGGUUACCGGCGGUGCUGGAAAGACUUGGAGUGUGGCGCCAAAUCUAGGAGGCUUAACAGAUGUGGAGGCAGGGUUUCAGACAUCUCUUGGUAGCUAUGCGGUUAAGGCGAGAGGCACGUCAGGAAAAUUGACAAGUAUUGAAAUUACCACUCCAGUGGGUACAAUGGGUACAAUAAGUGUGCCAUACACCAAUCAGACCGCAACAAUGAGUUUGCAAAGAAGGGAUGGGAGCUCUGUUGCUACAACAUACCAUAUUGCGGCGGGUAAUGCGACAAACGCGAAAUAUGCAGUUGAAGGUGUGGCUGGAGGAAACUGGACUGUAACGAUAACUUAACAUUCAAACGUCCAUCCAGUCUUUCUAUUCACUCACCACUAUACUUCAAAAUGGCAAAAAACCGUCCACAGGGAAACCCCUUUUGAUAUGAGAGUUUAUUUGCAGCUGUACCUUACGAUAUGGGAAGUUGACCGUCGAUAUCAAACACCUUACGCACCCAAGGGUGGUUACAGUGUAGCGGUCGAUGAGAUGUUUGACGAAGGUUAUGAGGUUGUUUGUAUGUAUAUAUAGAGUUAGGCGAGGAGGAGGCACAAUGUUUGGGUAGUGAUGGUUCCACUUGAAGAGUUUUUUAUUCAUUGCUUAACUUGCUUCUAUGCCGUCGAGCUUGAGCUUUAGCUUCAGGGCGGUAUUAUUAUUGUAUUAGAUAAAUUUGAAUAUAGCCAUAUCUACUCCAAGUUCUCCAGAAUUCAAUCCAAUGUU